AUGUUGUUGACGACCAUACUAUGCGCCAUUGGGCGCUUCUUCUUACGUCUGGAUGCCGUUCUGGCAGUUCUAAGGGUUCUCGGAGCCUUUGGCAUGAUAUCCUGCCUCCUCAUCUUGGCAGUCUGUCAUCGGGCCUUUGGCAAAUACGUCCUUGCGCUCGUUGCAUUGAGCCCCCUGGCCCGCCUCAUCCAAACCAGCUGGGAGUUCAUGACUGGAGACUUUCCUUGGGACAGCAAGGGUUAUUUCGUGAGAAGUAGAGAAGGAGAGUUUCUACCCUGGGUGGUCUUCUUCCAGCUACUUGCCCUCGGGGUACUCGCCGUCUCUGGACGUGACUACGUACAGAGCCUUCUCCGUAAGCGACAGGAAGGUCAGAUCGAUGAUUUGGUGGAGAUCACAAUGGCGGACGCUCUGGAAGCUUCUGAAGAAACCUGGGAGAUGGUUGAGUAUACCGAAGGCUCUAUCGAAAAUGGCUGGGCGGGCAAGCGGCUCGCCCCCCUGGGGAACAGUAUUACGACGAGAGCAGAGCUCGAGAUUCGUCAAUGUUUUCGAGAACAGGAAGAAUCUCUCGAGGAGCUCGUUGGGUAA